AACCCUAAACCCUACACCACUUCCGGUCGUUCCUCAUUCUACCGAUGUUGGAGCUAAAACUAUCCGAGAGUCGAGACUUGACCCGAAUCGAACGAAUAGGUGCUCACUCUCACAUCCGGGGCCUGGGUCUCGACUCUUCUCUGGAGCCCCGCGGCGUUUCCGAAGGUAUGGUGGGUCAAACCCAAGCCCGUAAAGCUGCCGGUGUCAUUCUCCAAAUGAUCAAGGACGGUAAAAUAGCCGGCCGAGCUAUCUUAUUGGCCGGUCAACCGGGAAGCGGCAAGACCGCAAUCGCCAUGGGCAUGGCCAAGUCCUUAGGCCUUGAAACCCCAUUUUCCAUGCUCUCCGCCAGUGAAAUCUUCUCCCUGGAAAUGUCGAAAACCGAAGCGUUAAUGCAAGCGUUUCGGAAGUCCAUUGGGGUAAGAAUCAAGGAAGAAACGGAAGUAAUUGAAGGCGAAGUCGUCGAGAUCCAAAUUGACCGCCCGGCAGCUUCCGGGAUGGCUUCGAAAACGGGGAAAUUGACUCUCAAAACGACGGAUAUGGAGACUGUUUAUGACCUCGGUCUGAAGAUGAUCGAGGCAUUGGGGAAAGAGAAAGUGCAGAGUGGGGAUGUGAUAGCCAUCGACAAAGCUUCGGGGAAAAUAACUAAGCUUGGGAGGUCGUUUUCGAGGUCAAGGGAUUACGAUGCAAUGGGACCGCAAACUAAGUUCAUACAAUGUCCAGAUGGAGAGUUGCAGAAGAGAAAAGAGGUUGUUCAUUGUGUUACACUUCAUGAAAUUGAUGUCAUUAAUAGCAGAACACAGGGAUUUCUUGCUCUUUUUACUGGUGAUACCGGGGAAAUUCGUGCGGAGGUGAGAGAACAAAUUGACACAAAGGUUGCAGAGUGGAGGGAGGAAGGCAAGGCAGAGAUUGUGCCCGGUGUUCUCUUUAUUGAUGAGGUGCAUAUGCUUGAUAUCGAGUGCUUUUCGUUCCUGAACCGUGCUCUUGAGAAUGAGAUGGCCCCUAUAUUAGUUGUUGCUACAAACAGAGGAAUAACUGCAAUCCGAGGCACAAACUACAAAUCCCCACAUGGAAUUCCACUUGAUCUUCUCGAUAGACUACUAAUCAUCACAACACAACCUUAUUCCGAGGAUGAAAUUCGCAAGAUUCUAGACAUCAGAUCCCAAGAGGAAGAUGUAGAGAUGGCUGAGGAUGCAAAGCAACUAUUGACAAAAAUCGGGCAUGAGACAUCCUUGAGAUAUGCUAUCCAUCUGAUUACUGCUGCUGCAUUAAAUAGUCAGAAGCGGAAAGCCAAGACCGUGGAGGUACAGGAUGUCACUCGAGUCUACAGCCUAUUUCUUGACGUAAGGAGAUCAACGCAGUACUUGAUGGAGUACCAGAAAGAGUACAUGUUCAAUGAAGCAUCGAUGGUUGACGGUGGAGAAGAUGAUAAUGUCGAUACCAUGCACGAUUGAUAGUUCUGUUGAGUUGAGUUGAAUACCUUGUGAUGCUAUGUGAUCUUGUUAAUGGCCCCUAGAGUAAUUUUAUUUUGAUUGUUUUUUGCUU